GUUGAUCAAAAAGUCCUGAGCUGGCGCAACAACAUCUUCAAGCCGACUCAUUUCAAGUAUCCAGGCCGAUUGCCUAGACGAGCUGCUACCGCUGAGCCGCAGCCAUCAUCCACGAUUCUAGCGUAUGUCGGCGGCGAUUGAACGGCUCAAAGAUGAGGGCACGAGGCAGCAAGUCAUCGUAGCUGGCGGCGUAGCAGGACUCGUGUCCCGGUUUUGCAUCGCACCACUUGACGUUGUCAAGAUCAGACUACAGCUUCAGCCACAUUCCUUGUCGGAUCCCUUGUCGUGUGAUGGCAUAAAAGGCCCCAUCUACAAAGGCGUCUUCUCGACUUUGCGAGCAAUCGCUCGCCAGGAAGGCAUCACGGCGCUAUGGAAAGGCAACGUCCCCGCUGAAAUGAUGUACGUGUGCUAUGGUGGCAUCCAGUUCGUCGCAUACCGGUCAAUCACGCAGGCCCAGAGUUUACUACCGACCCGACCACCACCGUCGGUCGAAUCCUUCAUUAGUGGUGCAGGAGCGGGUGCAGCUGCGACCACGGUGACAUAUCCUCUCGAUCUACUCAGGACCAGAUUCGCCGCGCAGGGGUCCGAUCGGAUUUACCGGGGCCUUUUCGGUGCCGUACUCGAAAUCAACCGACAUGAAGGACCCAGGGGGUUUUUCAGAGGUGCCAGCGCCGCCGUCGGUCAGAUUGUGCCGUAUAUGGGUCUCUUCUUCAUGAGCUAUGAAUUUCUGCACCAGUACAUUGGGGGAAAGACUCUGCCCUUUGGAUCUGGAGACGCCACAGCGGGCGUGUUUGCCAGCGUCUUUGCAAAGACAGCCGUAUUUCCACUUGACCUGGUCAGGAAGAGGCUGCAAGUACAGGGCCCGACGCGGACGAGGUACAUACACACCAACAUCCCCGAGUACCAAGGCGUCAUUCGUGGUCUGGCAAUGAUCUGGCGACGAGAAGGAUACCGUGGCUGGUACCGAGGGUUGACAGUCAGCUUGCUCAAGGCCGCUCCCGCUUCCGCAGUCACAAUGUGGACGUACGAGCGAGUCCUGCAUGCGCUGAUCAACACCGAUCACGACGAUGAACUGUGGGAAAUUUACAAUCCUUACGACGAUGAUGAUUACGAUGACUGAGACUUAGCAGGCGUUGAUUUUGGUUCCGAACUCUUUGAAGGAAACUUCUAAUAGCUAGGUCGCUGUGUCACUCUACCAAACAGUAUGAUAGGCGGUCUCUCAUUAGGGGGUCACCAGUCUAAAGAACAAUCAGCCCCUUGGCUGGUACUGAGAUGGACAUGCCACUGUGUAAAACUACGCAUUGUACUUAUAAGAUCCAGCUGUACUAUUAUUACUUCUCCUUAAAAUAUCUGGCUACAACCCACAACCUGCUGCCCAGCUACCUUGACUGCUUCAGUGUCAGGAGCAUCGGUGAGGAAGCUCGGGAUUGAAUUACGGGCAUUCACCCGUGGUGGCGUCUAUCUCCGGAGAUCCAUUGAUCGUACUUCUUUUUGGUAUGAAUUCUGUUCGCCGUGUCAAAAUCUACGAGGCGAAUUGCAGGCGUGGAUGAUUUCCAGACGGGCACUCAAUGCCACAAGAUCGAUUUCGAGCACGAGACCUUCACCGAGGCAGGCCUCAGUCUGUAAUCGCAGGGGGCCAUGUACGAAAAUCCCUCAUUGAAUAUUGAGGACGACGUUCAAGCUCGGUUCUAGUAGUUUUGGAAUGUACAUUUUCUAUAAGCAUGCCGGAUGGUAUGUCUGGGUAUCUAGAUUUAUCAGGGGCAUGGCCCCUCUCGCACUCAUCUGCCGAACCUCAUCUCAGCACCGGCAUACUUCCAUAGCCCUCUCAAGAAGGCUUGAUAUUCGACCCUGGUGCUAGUCCUGCCCGACACAUCUCCACCCGAGUCACCGACACAGAAGAUCUCGCUCAAUCGGAUCUGCCAGGGAGGGUAGCCAUCAAGUUUGACAUAUGGUCCAAAUACUAUAACGAGAUCAGGCUCCCCGGCAUCGGCCUCUUUCCUCGGUUUCGUGCUGUGUCCCGAGUAAUCGGUGAUGGCGGUCGUCGCGCUGAUCUCGGUGUUGAUCAAGUUGGAAGUAAUAUCCUUUGGGCUGAUUUUAUGCGACUGUGCCAUCUCAGCCAGUGUCCGCGUGAGGUCGACGAGUGUGUCCCUGCCGUCCGUGGCCGAGAGGAGAAGGAGGUCGAGAUGUUGGCGGGAACGCUGCGAACCAUGCGUAGCCUCCUCGGCCGAAGAGCGUGCGGGAAUCCGCGGCGAGGGCACCGGGGAAGGGCUCAUCGAAGGGUGAUUGGGUGCGAAGACUCUGAGGGUCGGUGAUGCAGGAGCAGGACCAUAGUAGGAC